AUGAGAACUGAGGUUCUGGUCCAGUAUCGUAACCAGGAGGCGACGGACAUUGAGACGCAGCAGCAUCUUCGCAUCCAGACGCUGAGCCACACCUUUCCCGUCAUUCCAUCCUCCUCUUAUCAUCACCACCACGACCAGCAACCACAGGUGGCACUGGCACAGGGUCCGCCAACAACGCGUCCCGAUCUACCCACGACCACCUCAGCACCCCCCAUAACCAAAGACGACGCCAAGGGGAAGAACAUCUUCCAGCACGCCUUUGACGAAACCGUCUUCUUCGCCGGGGGGCUCAUCCCCCACCCGGUGGAAUCCACCCGCCACUACUCCAUCCUCCGCCACUCGCCCGCCCUAGUCUGGUACCGCGGCCCCUCCACCUCGGUAGCCAUCACCAUCUUCUCCGACCGGCCCCUCCCGCCCGACCGCUCCUUCUGGCUCCAGCGCAAGGGCUUCUCAGGCAGCACAGGCAUGGCGCUCAAGUCCAUGCUAGGCGCCACGACCUCCUGGCUCGACGUCACGCCCUCCACGCGCGCGUCGCCCGCCGACCUGCCCCCGAACGAUGAGCGGGGCUACCAGCGCGACAUUUCGCGGUUCCUCAAGAAGCACAAGGACAACAACGGCCGCCAGAUCGCCCGCGAGACGCACGUCAUCCGCAUCCCCGUCGCCGCCGAAGACGGCUACUUCCGCCUCGUCCUCUGCACCGGCGGGGGUGGAGACGGAACGGGCGGCGACCCACAACCUCCCGACAACAGCAGCACCAGCACCAGCACCAGCAGCACGGCAACGCGGCAAAAGACGGCGAGGAAGAAAUCCGUCCUCUGCCCCAGCCCCGUGUUCCGCGUCGCCAGCACCUCCUCCGACGCGAGCGUCUUCCGCGGCGCAGGCCUCCGCGCCAUGCCCCUCGAGAUCGGCGUCAAGGUCGGCUCCACCGUCGCCGCCAACGUCGUGAACCGGUACGUCGCCCCCGCGCGGCUCGCUGCCACGGCUGCCGCGGCGGGGGUCGCCAAGAAGGUCGAGCAGAAGGCCAUGAAGCGCAGCAAGCAGGUCGUCGCCUCGCGGGCCGUGGAGGUCGGGGUCGCCAAAGCCGGGUGGAAGACGGGGCUCGGCGCGCUGGAGGAGAGGUACGCGGGCGGAGGAGGCGGGACGGGGUACGCCCCGUUGGGGGGUGCGGCGGCGUGGGACGACAUGUCCUCGUCGUCGCCGCAGGCGCUUCCGCCGGAGGUUGUCGGGUCCGACGACGGGCCUGUCCGUCCUUUCCCCGUCAAGUUGUCCGGGACGGUGGGGCGCGGGACCGGACGCGGCGGGAUGGCGCUGGGGAUCCCGACGGCGAACCUGCAGAGCGUGACGCCUGAGGAUGUACCCCUGCGUAUGCGCGGCGUGUAUCUCGCCUGGGCUUGCGUGGUGCCCAGGCAGGGCCUACCGGAGUCCAUGUCGCACGCGUGGCACGAGGCCAUCGUCACGGCGGGACCGUCGCCGUAUGCCACGCCGGCGGUGGUGGCGGCGCGGAACGAAGUGACGGUGCAUUUCCUGCACGAGUUUGGUGGCGUCAUGUUCUACGAUGCGAAAGUCAAGGUGCUUGUCAUGGGCCAGCUUAGGAGGUCUGCGCCUUAUUCCAGCGGUCACACUGAAGGGGCCAUCGCGGCGUAUGCGGACGACGUGGUUGUCACGGUGGCGAGCCUGAGCCGCCCUAACUGGGGUCCCAUGGAGACCUGCGAGCGGUUGAAGACGCUGAAGAGCGAACGUUCCUUUACAGACAGGUACGUCGAUGCCAGGGAUAAGGUGCAGAAACAAGUGGACCGGAUCCCGCUGCACUGGGCUGGCGUCCGGACAGAGGGAGCCGCCAUGCGGGAUCAGGCGUUGGGAACAGGGGGGUUCUGGGUUCAGCGAUGA